CAUUUUCUAGGAGAUAAAAAGCCUCUUUCAAACAUGAGGUCCGUCACAGAAAUGGAGGUGCAGAUAAUAGACUCACGUUCUCAGCGUCCUCCGCCGCGAGUUGCUUUUGCAGACUCGAAUCAGCGUCAAUACAGGAACAGCAGCGUCGGCGAGCUGACGUCCGAGUUUCGGCAGAUGAUCGAGCACGAAGUGCGCCAGAUCGAGCUGCACGGCGGCGACACGGUGCACAAGCUCAAGUCCAGUCUGUACGAGAAGUGGGUGUCCGAGCUGCUGGACACGAUCGCAGUCAUGAGCAAACACACGCUCGAACUGGAAAAAGUGGCGUCGGCGUCGGUCAACAAGCUCGAGCAGAAGGUGCUUGACCCUGAGGAGGGAUCUUUUCGACCUGGACGCUUUACCAGCACAAAAUUGGGUGAUUCUGGCUUGGGAAGCCAUGACGUGGAAUCAGGACGCAGCACAAAUGAAGACCUGGUCAAGAGGCUUCAGGAGAGCAGCCAGUUUGCUAGACAGUAUUUAACUAAGUGCAAAGACCUCGAAAGCAAAAUUCAGGUUUUACAAGAAAUGAAUCGAGAGCUGAAGGACAAGCUGCUGGAAAAGGACCAAGCCCUCGUCAGACUGAAGGGCUCCUCAACCGAGCAUUCCGAGAGCAUUGAAAAGUCGCGGCUGCAACUUGAGCUGGACACCAAGGUCCGAGAGUUGUCCCAUGAGACUAGUCAGAGGAAAAAGCUGGAAAAGCGUGUGUGCAAGCAGUCGGAAGAAAUAAAAGCGCUGACGCAGGAAGUGGCGGCAAAGCACGACCAGAAACUGCAGCAGGAGCAGCGCACCAAGGAGGUGCAGCAGCAAAUGGAGAAGCUGCUGCAGCAGAGCAACUACCAGAACCUGCUGAUCGACACGCUGCGCAAGGAACUCAAGCAGAAACGAGCCGAACCGGAACAUUCUGCUGGAACGCACAACCACGUGAGAAAGGAGGCUGUGGAGGACGCGGAAGCGAAGAACGUGAAAAUCGUGGUCGAGCACCAAAACGAGCAGUGUCAGCAGCUGCAGCGCUCGCAAAAUGAGCAGGCCGACAUGAGCAAGGAGCAGGUGAGCAGGCUCGAAGCGCGCCUGCAGGAGUUGGAAUGCAAGCUGCGGGGCAAGGAGGAGCUCAUCAGCACGCUGCAGGCCGCGGCUGGACCGAGCAGAUCUCAGACUUUGGCUCACAUUAACAAAAUGACGCCCGACGAGCUAAAAUUGUCGCUACUAAACAAAGAAAAGGAGAUUUCUGAGCAGCGGACGAUAAUCGGCCAGCUGCAGGAGGCGUUGGUCGACACGAAGAGCCGGUGGGACGGGCAGCCGUUUAUUCCGGAGGCCGAGUUGUGUUUCGGAGUAGCAGACAUUUCGUAUUGUGGCCAUCAUCAUAACUGUCUUGGACUGCGACCAUUUUCUCAGGAGCAGAAGCUGUCGGCAAUGUUGUUGGAGGCGCGGCGGCAGCUGCGUUUUUACGAGCAGCACAACCGCGACCUUUCCCUCGAGGUGAUGCGCGUCAGGAAUGACCAGACUGAGAGUGAACUCCGCCUCGAACAGAUCCUCAAGGAGAGUGAGCUGCGUUGCGAGGCAUCGCGGUCAUCUGCAGUUCACGCGACGUGCACGGAGCAGAUCUCGAGUUUGCAGAAGUGCGUGGAGCAGGGGCACGAGAUGCUGCGCGAGAAGGAGGCGCGGAUCGGGCAGCUGCAGGCCAAGCUGGACGAGGUGUGCCGCGAGGCCGAGAACCAGAGCCGCCUGCUCGCCUCCACCAACCUCUCCCUGGCGGCGCUCGAGGAGGACCUCCGGCACGCCAGGACGCACAGGGACGGCCUGCUGCAACAGCUGGAAUCCCUGCAGCAGCAGCAGGAGCCCAGGUUGCGUGCGGCGGAGGAGCAGGUGUCCGCGUGGAGGCAGCGCUACGAGAUCAUCAGCCGGAAUUUGGAGCAGAAGGAAGGCGCCAUCGAGGAAAUGCGGCGCCGCCACGAAGAGGAGACGAGCCAGGCGAUGGCCCAGACGGUCGACCUGCGCACCCUGGCCGCCGUCGAGGCCGACGCGCACACUCUGCGCGCCCAGCUCGCCCAGGCCACGGCCCAGCUGGCCAAGAGCGAGGCCAGGUGCCGCGCGGCCGCCGCCGAAACCCACAAACUCGCGCUUGACCUCCGGAACAGCCGCGAGGAAGCCAGAAAUCUCGCCCAACAGGCGGAUAAACAGGCCAAGAAACUGGAGCAAUUGGAGGCAGAAAUGGCGAGCAUGAGCAGCGGGCAGGAAGCGCGCGAGGCGGAAAUGAAGCGGCUUCUGCGUCUGAGCUGCGAGAACGUGCAGCACCUGCAGGCGCUGAACCACGACCUGCAGCUCAGGGCGGGCUCCGCGGACCUGCUGGAGGGGAGGGUGCGCGAGCUGGAAGCAACCGCCGCGGAGGCCGGUCGCGAGCUGGAGGCGGCCAGGCGGGAGGCCACGGCCGCCAGGGACGACCUGGCGCGCCUCCGCGCAGAGCUCGCGGCCGCAGCGGAGCACGCGGCGCAGCUGCAGACGCAGCUCGCGCAGGCGCAGCAGCAGCGCCAGCAGGCGGCCGACGAGGCGGCCGCCCUGGCCGCGCAGCUGGCCGUGCAGCAGGCCGAACGGGCAGAGUUGGCCGCGCAGCUGCACGAACAACAGCUGGAAAAGCAACACCUCGAGCGCAGUCAGGCUCAACUGGAGGAGCUCUGCAAGACGCUUUCAGCACAGUUGGGUGGUCAGCGGCACGAGCGGGAAAAAUACGUGCGCGGGCUGAAGCAGGCGGCGGCGGAGAGGACGCAAAUGUGCGAGGAGGCGAGGCAGGUGCUGGCCGUGGCCCGCGAGUGGCUCGUCGAGCACAGGGCCCACGCCGUGCAACUCCAGCAACUCAAGGCAGAAAGAGAACGACUGCUCAAGGAGAACAACGCCCUGCGCCUCCGCUCCAGGGUGCAGACCACCUCCAUGCUCAACCCCUGGGACUGCGGACUCGUAGACCGCGAGGAAUCGGGAUUUUGGAGCUCGCACUGGACGACGCAGCUGGACGAAGUGGACCAGGAGAUCGAGAGCGUCCGGCGCCGCACGCAGAGCUGGCCGGUCGACGACGACGACGAGGAGGACGAGGACGGCGUCGAAGGCCGCGGCGACAACGGAUACCAGUCUGGAUACCAAUCCGGAUCCAGCAAAUAAUUCGACUAUUUAAGAUAAAUUUUAAAAAGAUUGGUUUGCUGUAAUUUCCGGUUUAUUUGUAUUAUUUCUGGAGUUUCACAGUUGAAUUUUAAAAUUUAAAACUCUUAGUCAGCGUUUUCGAUUCGUGUAAAAUAAAACAAAAUCGACGUAAAGCUUUGUAAGACUGCAAAAGUUUGGAAUAAUUAAUUAAUUUAAUAAUUAAUUGCUGCAAAUAAAAGACUAAUUUGACUAAUUUA